AUGCUCCUUCUCCCAGCUCUCUCAGCUUUGACAGUGGUCAUCAUUGACUAUUAUAACCAGGCUCUUACGAAUUUUUGCGUUGUAACCAUAACUGGCCAUGGGUCCAUUUCCACAUUUGUGAUGCUAAUCGCUCAUCGUCCUUAUCGAGACGCAAUCAAAAUUAUGUUCCGGAAGAGAGCAGUCAAAUCAGUAGAAGUUUCGCGAAGAGGGUUGCAAGCUCAUCGAGUAGGAAAUGUUAUGUCAAGUGAUUACAACCAAUGA